AUGGGAGCCUCUCGAGAAGAUAUCGCCCUGGAGCCUAUCACAAACCCCGAGGAUUUCUAUCACGCCUUCGAAAUAUGCGCCAAGGCAUUCGGCGAACAGACUGCCGACGGCAUCUGGACAGCAAUGAACCCAGGUUGGGACACGCCUGAGGGUAAACUUCAGGGCGCCGCUCGCAUGGAAGCACGCUGGCGCGCAACCAAAGACGCAAAGAACACACACUUCCUCAAAGCCAGCGUAUCGUCUACCAAAGGCGGCGGCGGGCCCCCGCUCAUAGUUGGCGUCGCUAUCUGGGUCCACGCUUCUUUAAUACCCGGCCAAGGCGAUGCUCCGAGUCCUCUUGAAUUUGGGGAUCUGUAUCCCAAUGAUGAGCGGAUGACGAGGUUUCUAACUCAACUUAUCGGGUCGAUGCAGACGCGGCGUCGCCAGGUUCUACAGGAAAAGGCCGGACCUCAAUCGGCGCAAAAGUCGGUUAUGAUUCUGGAUCUCUGUGCUAUGGAUCCGGAGUUUCAGCGUCGUGGUAUUGCUAGUAGGUUGGUCGAAUGGGGUCUAGGAGAGGCACGGCGGCUGGGCGAUAUUGAGGCUAUCACUGAGGCAUCGCGCAUGGGCCGAUCUGUGUAUAAGCGUCUGGGUUUUCAGGAAAUUGAGGAGAUUCAAUAUGAAGUUGAUGCAGAGUUUCGGGGUCGGAGUUUGCCGUCGAAUGUGUUUUUGCGGACAAGACCUCCCCCAUCAAGUAGUUGA